UCGCGAGAGGCGUGAGGCAGUACUAUGAGAUAGAUAGAUAGAGUCUUUUUUUCGCUCUUAAGGGAAUGCACUCUUAACUUAUUGGAGAUGUAAACAAAAUUGGCGUUGCCUUUUGUUUUUUUUCCUAAGAUAUUUCCCUUAUUAUAACAUUAAAUUCAACAUGAUUUAAUUUCCCUAAAACCUCAAAAACAACUUGAUUCAAAGUCAGUAUUUUAUAAUAAAUCUACGUAUACGAGCUACUUUGUUUUGAUUAAAUGGAAUCCCAUUUUUCACCUGGGUAUGUGCAGAAUUUGUUGCAAUCUUUGAAGUCUUCGAAGAUUUACACGGACCUUCAUAAUGCAGCACAGACAGAGGUUUCUAAAACGUCUGUUAGAGUUUCAGAAUUAAAGAAAGGUGUACAAAGUGGGCUAGCAGCUUCGGGGUGGGAAAAGAAGUUAAGGAAUGAGAUCUACCAGUACCUGCUGAGUCACCCUGUUAGCUCCCACCCCCAGGCCACACCUGCAGAACAUCUCAAAGAACCGCUGCUAUACCUUAGGAAAGCACAGCAAGCUUGGGAGAAGAGGAUUCUAAAAAGUUUAAAUAGCAUGUGCACAGAGCUGAAUAUUCCUCUAGCCAGAAAGCGUCCAGAAAAGGAGCAGAAGGAAUUGGCAGGGAGAUGGACAGAGCUUGGCAUUGAUGGACCUGACCUGACCCAGAUACGGCCCGUGUACGCUCCAAAAGAUUUCCUGGAGGUGAUUAUGUGUCUUCAGAACCCCAACUACAAUGCCGGCGACUCCAGUGGGACAUAUACUCUGUGGGGCCUUGUGCAACUGCCGCUGAAGCUGAGCAGUAUCAAUAGAUUGCGGUUACUGUACAGUGAUAUGGCCAUCAACCAGUGUCAGACAGGGGUGGAUGACAGCAGUGACAUUCCUGCUGACAUGUUUGAUAGCGACAGGGUCAAACUUGGCAAGAAAGUAUUGCAAGCGGAGCACAGUCCGAUAGCCCAGGAGUACGCCAAGAAGGGCUGCCCUGUUAGCCUGCGUGAGGACCUCUGGAGUCAGAUACUCGGAAUUAACGUUGAUGAAUUUGAUGUGCUAUACUAUGAACAACUAAAGGCAAAUGUUAUUGCUCAUGAUCUACUGGUGGACAGCCUGUUAUACAAGGAUGUGAAGUUAACCGCCACCAAUGAUGACCAGUACUUUGUGUUUGAAGAUUUCUUAUAUCAGAUCUUGCUGCCGUUCACGCGGGACACGGAGGUUCUGAGUCACUUUGCCAGGAACAGUGCCUCCCCUCCCAAGUCGUAUAUACGUGGUAAACUGGGGGAUGAGAACUUUUCAGUGGUUUAUCCACCAAACGGAGUGAUACCCUUCCAUGGGUUUGCAAUGUAUGUUGCCCCCCUGUGUUACCUGUACAAGGAUCCUGUGAAGCUGUACUAUGCCUUCCGUGCCAUCUACACUCGCUUCUUCUUCAGACUUCACAGCAUCUCAUCACAUCCACAGGGUAUAGUAUGUCUCAGUCUGUUGUUUGAGAACCUGCUCCAGACACAUGAAGCUGAACUGUUCUUCUAUCUCAAGUCUGUCGGAUGCCAGCCUUUGAAGAUAGCGUUCAAGUGGCUUGUUCGUGCGUUCUCUGGCUACCUGUCUAGUGACCAGGUGCUACUGCUGUGGGAUAGGAUCCUGGCCUAUAACUCCCUGGAAAUACUCUCAGUGCUUGCUGUGUCCAUCUUCUCAUUUCGAAAGACCAACCUGCUCAAGGUGCAGUCCUACAACGCUGCUGAGGCUGUGCUGGCAGAUCUGACCACCCUGCAGGUGAUUCCCCUCAUACAGCUCAGCCUCUUCUCCAAAUGAGCCUGCGCUUAAUGCAUGUGCCUAAAGUGUAGUCCCAGAUUAGCCUGUGCACAAGCUCAUCAUAGACGUCAAUAUACGCUUAGACUGGAUUUUCGUUUGAGAAGUGACUACCUUUUAACAAAAAAAUCCAUAAAAGCAGAAAAUGUACGCACAUGCAUAAAGCCUAGGCUUUGCCAUAAUUCUAUGGAAGAUGAAGCUUACACUUAUGUUUUGGACGGAUCAAUUUUAUGUAGGAAUGUGCUAACAGAUGACAGGAUUAUGGAUAGGUCUUACUACAUGAUAGAACAAUUUUAAUAGUUUAUAUACAUGAAGGAAAAUUAAUGUGAUGUUGUCAAAAAGAAUCUAACACUGCUUUUUUGUUCAGUUUUUAGUGAUCACCAUUUACAUCAGAACCUUUAUAUUACAUAUCACUUAAUUAGUGUUCUUACUGAGUGUAAUUUCAAAGAAUGUUUGGGUGUUAAACCCUUUCCCGAACCCUUUCCCACUUAGAGGCAAAGCGAAAAUGGCUAUUUGCAAACAGCAUAAAACCAGAACAGCCUGCGAGUAACUCACAGUCUGUCCAGGUUUAAUGCUGUUUGCUGCUCAACAGUAUCUAAGGGUUAGAAAUGAAACCUUUAAAACUUGAUUCUAGUAAGAAAGGUCUUUAAUUAUAUUUUUGUUUCUAGGGACUACAAAUGCGUCAAAAUACUAUCUGAGUGGUAAAGGGUUAACCAAAACACCUGUGAGAAUGUGAUUACUUUAUGUUUAGUACGUGCAAGGUAAUGUUUGUUAGAACUAAUCCAUAUGAGCCUGACUCUUCGAAAACUGGACUUAAUCAGGCUGCAGGAUCAUGUGACUUUGUGGGGUUCCCGCUUUUAACUUUAAUGGUUGUAUACACGACCGUAAGAGGUGCUUUAUUUCAAAUAACUUUUUAAAAUUAUUUUUCUUAAGAAUUAAAAUUAGUGCAUAAAAGACAGAUUUUUAUGCUGCUUAUGGCAAUGUGAAAUACACCGGAAUUACUCUAUUUAAUAAGCCUGUGUUGUUGUUAAAAAAUUCGGUAUCUUCUGCAUUCAUUGUACACCGUUAUGCUUCACGAAACGUGAAAUGUUAUCAACGAUUUCAGAGGUAUCCAAGAAUUUAUUCUUAUACCUUAAGAUAUAAGCACAAACUUCAAGAAAAACUUAUUUUAUGCACUAAAGAUUUAUGUAAAUGAAUUUCAAUAACUUGAGAUAUUUGCAAAAAUAAAGUUUUUAAUGGUGUGUUUACAUUCUGUCCAGUCCGUGUGUAAAACCCGGUAAACCCCGUUGAUUCUGCACCCUGUUAAUGGAUGAGCAUAAAAUGUUGUCCAAUAUUAGCCCAGAUUUUGGACGACACUUUACGCACAUGCAUUAAGCCCUUUUUCACCAGAGAACGACUCAUCUGUUGUGAUUGAUAUUGUAUUGAGUGUGAGAGAUGAGAGCAUAAGAUUCAAUCAUGAUCAUAAACAUGUUUGUUAGAACUCUUAACUUUUUUGACAUAUUUAUGUUUUUGAAUUAAUACAAUUAAAUGUAUUAUACAUCCAUUUUCGUUUAUGAUAAUGAACUUUUAUCAUACAUGUUAACACAUAUGGUUUUGUCUUUUAAUUUAAAGAAUAUUCACAAUUGGGAAUUAUGAAAUAAAAUUAAAAUGUUUACAAAGAA